AUGAGUUUCGAUCUGUUUCUGAGUAUUGGAGGCUACUGGUCAAGCGAUGAUGUUUACCUUGGUGGAGAGGCACAUGAAUCUGGUAGACACGUUGGAGAAGGAUUUUCACUAGAUAUGGUUCGAAUGAGAACUACGGUUUAUCAUGGAUACCAAGAAAACAUGCGGAAGGUGUCAUGGUUUCCACCAGAAACGCUUGAGAAGAAAGUGGAUAUUGAAGACGAUGCAGAGCUAGGGAAAGCUGUUCAGUAUGCACCUGGUUCAGGUGCGUUAAGUCUUUUCAUUGUCCGUGAAGAUGAUCCGUAUGCAGUGAAGAAGAGAAGGGACAUCAAAUAUGAGAAGUCUGACAGCGUUAGGGUUAUUGCUAUAUGUUCAGAUAAGGCGUGUCCUUGA